AUGGCAGCUCAAGCUCUCACGCCGAAAGACUUCCAGAACGCCUUUCACUGGGCUGCGUCGCAAAAAGACGGUACCAUCCCGUCCUUUGCUACGCGCCCCAAUGAUCCAUACAAGUACCAGCCGGGCCUCGGCAACAGCUUUGAAUCUGAAGCUAUCCCCGGUACGAUCCCGAGAGGACAAAACAGCCCCCGAAGCAUCCGCUACGGCCUCUACGCAGAACAGAUCACCGCGUCUGCCUUUGUUGCCCCUCGACACGCGAACAAGAAGGCAUGGCUUUACCGGUCCCGACCGGCCGUAGCUCAUCAGGGAUUUACCAAUCUUCCUGAUAACAAGGACACCGAGUCCACGUUUAUUCCCAUUAAUCCCAGAGUGCACAUCUCACCCACCCAACUGGCUUGGAAGCCUUUCCCAAUUCCUGAGUCCGGGGAAGUCGACUUUGUGGAUGGAUUGAAGACUGUGGCUGGUUCCGGAGACCCUACUUUGAGAGAAGGACUCGCCACGCACGUUUAUCUCUGCAACAAGAGCAUGUCGAAGAAGGCUUUCGUGAACUCAGAUGGCGACUGGCUCAUUGUUCCCCAGCAAGGCGCGCUCGACAUUCAGACCGAGUUCGGUCAUCUGUACGUGCAGCCGGGAGAGAUCUGCGUAAUUCAACGCGGCCUGCGAUUCAAGGUCAAGGUCGAGGGACUCACACGUGGAUACAUCCUGGAGAUCUGGGGUUCGAACUGGGAACUGCCUGAGCUGGGCCCUCUGGGAGCCAACGGUUUGGCCAACGCCCGCGACUUCCUUCACCCUAUCGCGGCAUACGAAGUCACCAAGGAUGACCCGUGGGAGACUGUCUACAAACUUGGAGGCAAGUUCUUCAAGAGCACACAGCGUCAUUGCCCCUUCGACGUUGUCGCUUGGCACGGAAACUACGUCCCGUUCAAGUACGACCUCACCAAGUUUGUCAAUGUCGGGUCCAUCUCCGUCGAUCAUAUCGACCCUUCCAUUUUCUGCGUCUUGACAGCCAAGUCACGGGACCCCGUUGCUCCGCUGGCAGACUUUUUGAUCUUCUCUCCUCGAUGGGACGUCGCAUCUCACACCUACCGCCCUCCUUACUACCACCGAAACUGUGCCUCGGAGUUGAUGGGCCUCAUCUACGGAGACUACGGCGGACGGUCUGACGAGUUCCAACCCGGUAGCAUUUCGUUCGAGUGUGGCUUCGUUCCUCACGGAGUUGCUUAUGAGCAGUUCGCUGCGGCCUCUAAGGAAGACCCGCCCGUCAUGCAGAUUUCUCAUGGCUCUAUUGCGUUUAUGUUUGAGACUAGCAGAGCUCUUACCAUUACUGACUGGGCUUGGAAUAGCAAGGAGAAGCACGAGCAUGACCCUAAGAUGUGGGAUGACUUGGUGGACAACUUUUCCAAUCACCACAUCGAACUCCCUGCUCAAAGCGGAAGCGACAAGAGUUGA